GGACGAUGAGUCACGAUCGGGCGAUUUUGUGUCGAUGGCGAAGUUUGAGAGGUGUUCGCAAUGGCUUCGGAUGAUUCGGAAGGCAGGAGGCAGGCAUUCGACAUAUAGCGCACGGCGGCGAGACCAAUGGCGCCCCAGAAAGUGGUGCUCUCCUUCACCGGCGGCAAGGACUCGACUCUUGUGUUGCACAUCCUGUCCAAAAGCCCCGAACUAUACAACGUCGCGCUUCUCUGCACGUUCGUUCCAGCGAAAGCGAAGCCUUUCCUGAGCCACAAGUUAGAACUGAUCCAGGCCAUUGCCAAGGCAGUUGGAGUCCCUCAUAGGGUUUUGGUUAUCGACCCCGGACAACCUGCAGAGAGCAGCGAAAACUCAGAUGCAGCAAAUCAGAGCUGCGCAACCGCGACGGGACGAAACGAUUUCCUCUCGUGUUAUGUGGCACAGAUGCAAUUGUUGAAAUCGGAAGGCAUCGAGGCGUUCGCAAACGGGGACAUUGAGGACGUGUGCUCGGACUUCAUGGGGAAAGCGGCGCGGGCAGCUGGGCUUCCUCUCGUUAGGCCCCUAUGGGAGGUACCUCGGCCAAAACUGUUGGCACAACUAUAUGACGAGUUCGCCCUCAAGUUCAUCGUUACCUGCGUGAACUCAACGGCCAUCCCACGAGAGGUGGCAGCUCUGAUGCUGGGAAGGGUGCUGACGAAGGAACUCCUUGCGCAUUGCCUGUCACAGCCUGGGUGUGAGUCGGUGGAUCAAUGCGGGGAAAACGGGGAAUUCCAUACCAUGGUGCUCGACGGGCCUUUGUAUCAGCAGCGAAUCAACAUUCCCCGCGGGAAAAUAACUGAGAGCGAGGGUGGACUAUAUCUAUUUUGGGAUUUCAGCGACUUUUCUUUGAAGACCAAGGACGGACGUUCAUAGAUCAACACGGCGGUAUCUAGUGGUGGGAAGCGAGAGGUGGACUACAACAAACACGGUGAUAGAUGUUAGACUAGGGUGGCAUCGCGAUUUUGGUGCAGUGUCAGAAUGAUGAGAAUGCAUAAAGAUGCCGCUCAUAUGGGAGUACGUGGUAGGUGACG